CUGACCCACUGUCUCUACAGCGACCUCUAUCGGUCAGCCUUUGUUUUAAGAUGAACCGCCGUUCUCCAGUUAAAGCUCUGUAAAAGACUGUCGAAGAACCCACACAUGAUGCUAAAAAUAUCAAUUUUGAAGGUUGAGAACCCGUCCUGCCUCUGGGGUCGGGUAGUUCAGGGUCUUGGUGGUGACGCAGCAACAUCACUGCAAUAUGAUAAUCUACUAGCUCAGAUGAACCUCUUCUACCACGACGUCACCCAGGAUCUGCGCCGGCUGAAGCCCUCAUCAAUAGAGGAGGGACAGCUCUGUGUGGUGUACUGGUCCGUCAUGAAGUCGUGGUGCCGGGCUGUGGUGGAGUCCAUCGUCAUGGACUCGGUGUCCUGUCAGGCUCGCUGCUUCCUGGUCGACUACGGAGAACGACUAGUUGUGUCCUCCGACCAGAUCAGAGUUGCAAUGCCAAACUUCGUCCAGCUGCCUUUCUGGGUGAGGAGGUUUCACCUGGCAGGAAUCAAACCAACGACCCUGCGGGUGUCCGUCUUUGAGGAGAAGGCAGAGCUUAUUCCAUCCCAUCAGUGGGACAGUUCUGCCACACUCUACCUGCACAACCUGCUGCAAGCAUCGACUCAGACGGAGGCCGUUCUGCUUGAAUCUGAGUCAGACUCCACCUCCAUUGAGCUCUACCUCACUGUUGGGGAUGUCAAGAUCUCCGUAAAUGAUGACCUGGUGGUCAAGAAGUUUGCAUUUUACAUCAGAGAGUCAGCUGAUGGCACCCAGCUGGACGAGGUGGACGAGCAUCCUGUCAUGUUGUCAUCUAGUGUUUUAAACCAGCUCAGCCCUUCAAGGACUGCUGCAAACAAGCUGGCAACACAAACACUACCAUCUCCCGUGAGGUCACAUGAUGUGGCUGCAGGCGAAACAGGUGAUUGGCUGAUAUCUCCCUCGUCCCCUCAGAGAAUAAAUGAGCUGAGCUGUGAGGAUGGCAGCAGGUCAAAGGUCACAGAAGAACAGCUGUCUCCCCGUGGCCAAUCAGAGAACAGCUCAGACAUCGCUGCUGCAGAGAGUGACUCUUCAGAGGAGACGGACUCGUCUCUGGCUGCAGCUCUGUCCAAAAACCUCAGCCUGUUCAGGUUCCUGAAGUUUCUGAAUCCUCUCAGCAGCUACCAGCAGACAACUCCCACUGCGAGUCAGCCAGAGCUCACAGAUUGUCAACCAGAAGAGACAACUUCAGGCUCUGACACCUGCAAGGGACAGGACGUACAGGCUCCCAGCACGGCUUCAGCAGAACAACCACACCCUCCAUACACCAGAGAGGCUGAUAAACAGCACCAGGAGGCAUCACUCAGUGCCAGAUCAGGAGAGUCUGGAGCUACAGAGAAGAUGUGGAGGAGUGAAGAGGAGCGGGUCUGUUCUCGGUUUCUGGAGUGGUUGAACCCGGAGCCUCUGAAUUCUGAUCCUGAUGCUGCAGAAAAAGAGGUAGUCCAGUCCAGUGACCCCAGGAGGAAUGGGAUUCUGGUUCACUCAGCCCUCCCAGUGGAGCCCUGCUCCAGUCUGGAUGACGCCCCUGUCACUAACACUCUCCGCCGGGUGCUGCAGAGGAAGCAGUACUCCAGUCUUUCCGCGGCUGACCGCUACAGCUGGCCAGCUGUGGCUCGAGGAUGUAACACGGUCAUCGUCUCCCCCAGCGCCGACCAGCCGCUCAGCUAUCUUGCCCCACUCCUCACCCACAUCCUGCUCAACUCCAUCCACAGUCCCCUCACCUCCAGCGCAGGGCCCAUAGCGGUGCUGCUAUGUCCAGGCUGGGAGAAAGUCCAGGCCAUGUAUGAUCUACUGGAUGAGAUGAAGGUCGCCCAAACCCUCCACCCUAUCAUCGUCGUGCUGGGAGUCGGCAAAGACGAGGCAAAGGAUGUCAAGAUCCCCAAAAACUGCAUGCUGUUAGUGACCACGCCCUUCAGUCUGGCCCGUCUGCUGUCCUGCCAUUGCUUCCAGUUCCUGCGUGUGUACCACCUGGUCCUGGAUGAAGCCGACCAGCUCUUCACACAUGCUCCAGAACAGAUGGGGACCAUCUUGCAGCAUUUUCAGAAGGUGACCUCCAGUGAGCGGAAGGCUUCCUGUCCCCAGCAGCUUGUCGCCGUUGCCAAAAGAUGGACUAGUCACAUGGAGGGCUUGUUAGCCAAUCACAUGCCACAACCCUUCGUCAUCAUAACUGUCCCAGAGGAGGCGGCACUGUACGGCAAUGUUCAGCAGAUCAUCCUCAUGGCUCUAGAGAGCAGUAAGAUCUCUGUGCUGCUCAGCACACUGGACUUCAACCCCAACGUUGGGCAGAAGACUCUGAUUAUAGCAAACUCCGCUCAGGAGGUCGAAAAUGUUUUCAAGGCUGUGACCAACAAGUCGGCAUUCUGUCUCAUGACCCACGAGGGGUUAACUCACCAGUUUGACUUCGUCAUUCAGCAGUGGAAGAAAGACAUUGGUCCCAGCACUCACGUAAUUCUUGUGACCACCAACACGUGUCUGAAGUGUCUCGGGAUCAGAGAUGCGACUUGUGUCGUCCACUACAGCUUCCCAACUUCUCCUAAAAUGUUCGGCAGUCGACUUUUCUGCAUGGCUGAGAACUUCAGGAACCUUUCUAAGCGAGUUUCCUCUCUCGACCAGUCAGAGAGUGGCACCCCAAUCACCCGCUCUGUGCUGCUGAUCUCUGAGAGGAAUGCCCGCCAUGUCGUAGGGGUUCAUCGUUACCUUGUGCGAACUAAUGCCCCACUGCCUCCUGAGCUGCUGUCCUUCGCCCAGGGCGUCCACGUGGCCCGAGAGGAUCAGAAGACCAGCAGGCCUCUCUGCAGAUACAUCAAGAGCUAUGGAGUGUGCAGAGACAGCGGUGUUUGUCCAGACCGUCACAGAUUCAUUCCCCAGCUGGACCAGUCUGUGCUUCCUGCAGCAGGAGUCAUCGAAGUUUUGCCCCUCUACGUUAAGACAGCGUCGGCUUUCUACGGCUGUAUCAUCAGGAAAGAAGAAGGAGGUUUCCAGAGUCUGCUGUCUGAGAUGACUUCUUACUACGCCGACAAGAAACCCGGAGCCAAAGAGCUGCUGGAGGGAAACCUGUACGCUGUGCAGGAGGACGAGAUCUUCCACAGAGUAAAGAUCCUGUCCAUCCCCGACAAAGGCAACCGGCUGUUUUUUAGCAUUCUUGUUCGGUUCAUUGAUGUUGGAAAAGAGGAGGAGGUCAAAUCCCACCAGAUCCUCCAGCUUCCAGAGCAGUUUCAUUCUCUGCCCGGUCAGGCUGUGGAGUUCAUCCUGUGCCGGGUGAAACCAGUCGACGAAGAGACCGAUUGGCACCCAAAGGUCACCAGAGUGAUCAGCCAGAAGAUCAGAGGUCUGCAGCACCGAGCCAGAGCAGUUUUCAGUCUGGGAAACACCGUUUUUGUUGAUCCUAUGGUGCGUGUGACUCAGAUUCCAGGUAUGAAAACUGUGAUCAAUGAGUACAAUGUGCAGUCAGAGAUCCUGAAAACAGGAAUGGCAGUCAGCAACCCGGAGCAUCUGGACCUGCUGAAGGUGCUCUGCCAGGAGACCAAGACCAACGCCUUCAAGGAGGCCAGUAGCGUGUCUGGGUCAGAAAACGGUCCAGUAUCUCUGGAGGUCAGGAUUAAAGCUGAGGAGGAAGUUCUUGCUAAAGCUUUUAGAGCCGCUGAGGUCAGCCGCCUCGCCGAUCCUCCUCAUCUAGAGCCGUGUGAGCCACUCGCUCCAGAGUCUCCAGUGAUCCCGUCACUUGUCCCAGCACCGCCAGAGCCACAAAAACCACCAGCAGCAGCUGAACCAAGCCUGAUUUCAGUAUGUGAUCAGACUCUUCUGUGUAAAGCUCAGCAGUCAGCUGGUGGUCAGAGAAACUCCCACCCUACAGACCUGGAGUUAUCUGAGCAGACGAUGAGGAUUGAAGAUGGACAGGAAAUCUGCCCCACCAUCAGCCAGGCUGCUCAACUUAACCUUGGUGAGCCUGCAGGAGACAGCCAAAGCAGCAGCCAGCCGCUCGUCAUCCCUAAUGGGACAGACUCUCCAAAAAGUUUCCACCCUCAGGUCCGCUGGUACCAGAGUCUUGACUCUGUGAUUGUAACGGUGAAGCUGAGGAACCCGGACAGUCAGCGCUGUGAUUUCUACUCCGACAGAGUCGUCUACAGUGGCAGAGUCAACGGUCAGACCUACAGAGCCGACCUGGAUCUUUACACCAGCAUCGCUGCAGACCUCUGCCACUGGGAAAUGAAGUCCAAUGAGCCAGCCCUCACACUGGUGAAACAACAGAAAGGAUUCUGGGAGAAACUCAUCAAGAGCAAGAAUAUUUUUGUGAGUUACGACAUGGACCACUACGAAGAGGACGAAGACAAAAUCCCAAACGGUCUGUGGUUUGUGGGGAACACUGGAGAAGACCAGGGAGAAGACCACUGGUACCUGAAUUCACAGAGCGACAGUGACAGCGACUGAAGAUGAAACGCUGAGAAAGACAAAAUCACUUUUCUGCUCGCUCCCCCAAACUCUGAGGAGAACACAUCAUAAUCUAUCACAUGUAUUCUACUAUACCAUUAAAUAUUAAAACUUUAGGGCAGUAGGAUAGGCUCUGUAACUAGAAAAUGUUUGAUCAAAAAGAAGCAGUGAUUUCUCAUACUAGGCUCUUCAGACCAGGGUACAAAGUUCUUUAGAACACAAGUCUGUGACCAAAUUAUUAUGCAGCUCCAAGAAAGCUGGAAAAGUGUGUAAAAUCUAAACAGAAUAUGACGGUUUGCAAAUCACUGAUGCAACAUUGAUGGCAUCAAAUGCACAUUGGGCAGCUAAGGGCUAUCUCACUCUAGGCAGUCAUCCCGUACCGUGAAUACUUAUCUCCGCCCUAAAGGUGUUGUCUUUGUUAUAUUUUCAGCAGAUUAUAUCCCAUGCCCCUGGUAAUAUGCAAGGACAUCCAGAGGUGUUCCGGGGUUGUUUCUAUCCUUCUGGGCCUGAUGGUCCCUCAGGUGGGCUUACUCGCAUCACACGUCUUACGUCAGCCUCAGUUUUGGCCCAAACAUGCCCAAAAGUUCUACACAUUAAUACAUAAACAGAAAAAACUUGUAGCUCAGUGUUGUUAUAGAUAUUUGCUGAUUAUUUUCCAUGGACAAAUGAGUUCCUACAGCCUUAGGUUUCUUGUGUAUUAGCUCUUAUGGAGCCACGAGCUGAUGGAGGAGACAGGAGUGUUUAUGCUGUAGUCUGAAGUCAUUUUUUUAAGUGCAGAUUUUAUCAUACUGAAAAUUCCCAGCAGGAUUUUGUCUAACAAAAUAUUCUAUUUGAACAAAUAUUUGUUUCAGCUUGCAAAGUCCUGAAACCAGCUGUUUACAAUUCAACAAACUGGCUCAGUCAUCAGAUGGCCUGCAGCGGUCACCAGCAGUGUUCUUAGAGGGGUACUUCAGCAUUUUGGCAAAUUUGCCGAUUGCCAUAAUUCCUCUAGUCUCAGUAAUAAGAAAUAAUAAUUUAUAAUUAUGUAACAUUACAACACAUGAAUAAAAUACCCAGAACUUUCUGAGUAAACCACUGGGCUGAGUGACACAGUGCGCGCCUGUGGCAGUGCCGUAAUUACUUGGUAGUUCCGGCUUUGCAU